AUGGCCCCUAAACGCAAGCCAACUACUUCAUCUGGUGCUCAACCGAAGAAACAACAAUCUGUUCCAACACUGGAGGAAAAACUGGCUGUGUUGGACUUAUUGAGAGACGGUAGGUGUCGGUCUCCAACGUGGCACGUAAAUAUGGCCGCAACGAAUCUAGCAUCCGUGCCAUCAAGUGCUCCAAUAACUGCUAAGGUGAUGAGCCAGGUGCGUAAUAAGACUUUAGUGAAGACUGAAAAGGCAUUAAACUUAUGGCUGGAAGACAUGAACCGUAAACGUGUGGCUAUUGAUGGCAACACGUUGCGAGAAAAGGGACAGCUUUCUGAUGAGAAGGAAUUCAAAGCCAGCCAAGGUUGGCUUAGCAGUUUUAGGAACUGCUUCAACCUCAAAAACGUGCAGAUUACUGGUGAAGCUGCAUCUGCCAAUGAAGAGGCAGCAAAAGCCUACCCCGAACAAUUAAAGAAAAUCAUAGAAGAAAAGGACUAUCUUCCGGAACAAGUUUUUAAUGCUGACGAGACUGGACUCUUCUGGAAAAAAAUGCCCAACCGCACUUACAUUUCGAAAUCAGAAAGACAAGCCCCUGGCUUCAAAGCAGCUAAAGACUGUGUGAUUGUGUUGUUUUGUGGCAAUGCGGCUGGGCAUUUAAUAAAGCCGGGCUUGCUCUACAGGGCUGCAAAUCCCCGUGCCCUAAAAGACAAGAACAAAACUCUCCUGCCUGUGUUCUGGCAAUCAAAUAAAAAGGCUUGGGUGACGGCAGCAUUAUUUCUGGAUUGGUUCCACGAGUGUUUAAUUCUGGAGGUCAAGCGGUACAUCGAAGAGAAAGGACUUGACUUUAAAGUGUUGCUGAUCGUAGACAAUGCUCCUGGUCACCCUGUGGCACUCCGGUUUGCACAUAACGACGUUGAAGUCGUCUUUCUCCCCCCCAAUACCACCUCCAUCCUCCAACCUCUCGACCAAGGCGUGAUUCACGAGGCUUACAUUCUCACAGAUACAGAAACAUUGACUAACAAAGAGUUGGAGGAACUGAUAAAAUCGUCUACAGAAGACGAAGAUGAUGACAACAAACAGGAAGAGGCAGCAAAUUGGAAUCUUCAUAAAUUUGCUGAAGUGUUCCAAGCAGCGAAACACUUGAAUGAUUUAAUUUCUGAAUAUGAUCCCUCUAAAGAACAAAGCCUCAAAAUCACAUGUAGUAUUACGGACGAUUUGAAACCGUAUCAAGAAAUGUUUGAGCAGCUCGAGAGACAACAGCGACAGUUGCCGAUCACCAUGUUUUUCAAGGAAAAACAACCAGCAGCAGAUGAGCCCUACGCAAUCAACUUCUUGAGCUGA